AUGCUGCCCAUUGACAAGCGACACGCCAUCGCACAGGCCUUGGUCCCCACCCUCCCCAAUCCUCAAAAGGAAGAGCUGAAGCUUCUCAUCGACCGUCUCACUCAUUUCGACCCGGCCAUCUACCUGCCUACCGAAAUCUUCCUGCUCACUUUCUCAUAUCUCACACCGCGCGAACUUUUGACAGCCGGCGCUGUCUCGCGCAUCUGGCGUGCACGCGCGCAGGAUGAGCGAUUGUGGAGGUCGUGUUUUGCCAGAGAGGGUUGGGUGAUGGAUCCCACACAGACUGAGCCCCUCGAGCAGCUGGCGGAGAGACGGGGUACGAAAGCAGUUGAAGUCAUGAUCAAAAGCUCGGAAAGGGGAAAGAUGGAGGAUGAAGCAAGCCCGUCGGCGCUGGAACGACGCUCAAGCAGGAAGAGGGGCAGAGAUGAAGCUUUCAGUGACGGCGAAGGGGACAGAGGACUGCUUGGUCAUGUCGAUGAGGCCAUAUCACAGUUCGAUGGCGCCGUCGACGAGCUAUCUCAUAAUGUGCAUGUGGACAGCAUGGAGGGUGUGGAGGCGGCUCCGCCUACCAACUCUGCAGCGAGGAUUCGCCGUUCUUCCAGUGCCAUCGACGCCAAUGAUGCCCCCCCAGAAGACGUGCUAUCGAACCCCGCAGCCCUUCUCCUUGCACCUCCUGUCUUCCAGCCAAGAGACAGCCAACAACAAAAGCCCAAGUUGAGCUGGCCCUAUCUCUACAAGCAGCGCCGUCGCCUCGAAGCCAACUGGGAAAAUGGCUUAUACAAAAUGUUCCAGCUCCCUCACCCCGAUCAUCCAGAGGAAGGGCACGACGAAUGCGUUUACACUAUACAGCACACCCACCGCCAUCUGGUCUCGGGGUCAAGAGAUCGAACGAUACGCAUCUGGGACCUUGCGACGAACCGGCUGAAACGAGCGCCGUUGGUAGGCCAUGAAGCCAGUGUGCUCUGCUUGCAGUUCGAUGAACGACCCGAGCACGACAUCAUUGUCUCGGGCGGCAGCGAUGCGUAUGUCAUUGUGUGGAAAUUCUCCACGGGCGAAAUCCUGCACAAAGCACUGGCGCACGAGGAGAGUGUGCUCAAUCUCCGCUUCGACGACAGAUACAUUGUCACGUGCAGCAAGGACAAGUCGAUCAAGAUCUGGACCCGACAUGCGCUGGCUCGAGACUCUCCACUCGUUCCGGCUCAUGUUGUGUCCGACUUUGCGACGAUGCACCUAAUCAACAACCAGAUCCCACAGUACAGUCAGCUCUCCGUCCUCAACGGCCACAUGGCAGCAGUGAAUGCGGUGAUGAUACACGACAAUACCAUCGUCUCCGCCAGCGGCGAUCGAAGCAUCAAAGCAUGGGAUAUCGCCACCGGCCAGGCGAAGAAGAAUUACUCGGGGCACCUCAAAGGCAUCGCCUGCGUUCAGUUCGACGGUCGUCGUAUCGUUUCAGGCUCAUCCGACAACACCGUACGGAUCUUUGAUGCCGAGCAACAAACCGAAAUUGCGUGCCUAACUGGCCACACCAACCUUGUCCGCACCGUCCAAGCACGCUUCGGCGACCUGGACAUUGUGAGUGCGGAGGAGCUGGCGGCGGAGGCGAGAAAGGCAGAUCUAGGGUUCUAUGCCGCGCUCGCCAAAGGCAUGCAGCCGGCACACGUGUCGAGGCGUCAUGGCGGAGGCCGUCGAAAUGCCGGCUCCAGUCGGCCAGAACACAUGCUGGCACUCGGGAGCAAGAUCCCGCCUGGUGGAGGAGGCAGUAGGUGGGCGAAGAUUGUGAGUGGGAGCUACGAUGAGACGGUUAUCGUUUGGAAGAAAGACAGCGAGGGGAACUGGUGUCCGCGGGUGAAACUACGACAGCACAAUCAAGCGGCUGUCGUGCCCAAUCACGUCCAGACGCAGGCGCAUCACCACAUCGCUACGGCCCAAGGUCACCUUUUGCAGGCCAACCAUCUUCUUCAGGCACAACAACAGCCUGCGCCUGCGCACCCUCCUCAGAACCAACCGGCUCUCCAUCCCAACAAUCCUGCGGCCGCUGCGAAUGCUCCGAAUCCCGCGGCGCAAGCAGGGCAGCAUUCGGUGACCACUUCCACCGCGACAACAUCGCAGCAACAGACUGCCGGUGCUCCAAACAAUACAAAUGCUGCAGCCGCAGCAGCGGGCGGCCAACAACAGGCCCAGGCUCCAGCUGCCGCGGCGGGCCAUCACGGUGGUCACCCGGCAGCCCGCGAAAGCAACCGAGUGUUCAAGUUGCAGUUCGAUGCCCGCAGGAUCAUAUGCUGCAGCCAGAACCGUGUGAUUGUCGGGUGGGACUUUGCGAAUGGUGAUCCCGAGCUGGAGAGGGUGGGAGAAUGGAGCCAGGAGACAGCGUAG